AUGACCUCCAUUUCCGAAAAAUCUUACAUCGAUGCUUCCCCUAUCAUCGAGGUAGACGAUAAGCCCUUUUCAUCUGACUCUCUUGUACAGUACAGUCUCUUUUCACUACGGCAGCGCAUCACAAUCAUCCUUGUAGUUAGCUCUGCGAGCAUUCUUAGCUCGCUCAGUUCAGCUUUGUACACCCCUGCUUUACCCAAAAUGGCCGUGACUCUUGGCGUAUCCAUUUCCGCCGUUAAUUUCACGAUCACCACUUACUUGCUCCUUCAAGGACUAUCGCCCAUCUUCAGCGGCUCUAUUGGAGAUAGCCUUGGUCGUCGAAUGCUAUACAGUGCGACACUUACCAUCUACAUUGGCGCCUGCAUUGGGUUGAGCAUCACCGAUGCAUACCCAGUUGUUCUGGUCCUUUGUGGUUUGUUGGCAGCAGGUGCCGCACCUAAUACUGCACUUGGUGCGGGAGUCAUUGGUGAUUUAGUUCCAGCUAGCCAACGUGGAGGAUACAUGGGUUUGUAUAAUGCAGGAAUAGGAUUGGGGGAUGCUGUCGGUCCCGUUCUCGGUGGUGCCUUUGCUCAGUUCACCGGCUAUCAUGGAAUUUUCAUCUUCCUUCUAGCGGUAUCUGCAGCCCUACUUACUCUUGUUGUUGUUGUUCUUCCAGAGACACUCCAUUCCAUUGUAGGGAAUGGUAGUAUCCUCCCGAAGUGGUAUCGAAGACCACUACUUCCCGUGCUUCUGCCUACUGAAGCUACGACAGCGGGAGAUCCGAGCAGCCUUUCACCUGCUCGCCGAUUGGACAUAUUCGGGCCAAUACGUCUUCUCAAACAGCCCGAUGUAUUGUGUUGCCUUGCGUUGACGGGUGUUUGUUAUAUGGUCUGGCAAAUGAGCAUGGUUGCGACAUCCGCACAAUAUUCCAGUCAAUAUCACCUCAAUGAGUUUGCAAUAGGGCUCACCUAUAUUUCCAACGGCAUCGGUGAACUUGUCGGAAGCUUGCUCAUGGGGAAGAUUCUCGACCACGAAUACAGGAAACAGCUGCGCCGCGAAGCAGCCGAGGAAACAAAUAAUGUGGUAUUAAUUGGGCGAGCGAGACUGUACUCCUUGCGGCUUCCUAUUCCAAUGUUCAUUGGAAGUAUUGUUGCUUUUGGGUGGGUCAUCCAAGUACACGUACAUAUAGCUGUGCCCGUAGUGCUGGCCUUCUUGAUUGGGUGGUCAGUACAAAGCAUCUUGACUGCAUUAGCCACUCUUCUGGUUGAUCUUUUCGAGGAUCAAUCUUCGACUGCCACUGCAACAUUCAUUAUGACCAAGGGCCUUAUGGGUGCCGUGGGGUCUUCAUCCAUCCAACCCCUGAUCAAUUCUAUUGGUCCUGGGUGGACCUUUACCGCCCUAGGCGGGUUGUGUAUCCUCGCAUUGCCAAGUGUCUUUGCAGAGUUUUAUUUUGGCGGUGGUUGGCAUUUGCGAAGAACUAAAGCCCUUCAACAAGAUGAAGCGUCAAAUAAACUAAGUUAUCCUCAUCAUCACUAUGGGGUGGUAAAUGGCACGGUAGCCAACAACAAGAUCAUCGCGGCUCUAUCCGAGGAGUAUCGGAACAUACCGCUCUCAGUCGUUCUUGUUUCUGCAUUGUACGUCACAAUCUUCCGUACCACAGGGCAGGAAGGUGGUACAUUGGGGUAUAGGAGUAGUGAAGGUAGCCAGCCUCAAAUUAUCAAUUUUGCUCUUAACCCAAAAAUUCCUGCGUAA